CCGUUCAGUUAUGUUUUUACAGAUAUUAGUGUAGACAACUCAACCAGCGAAACGGCGACAAUUAGGUUUACCGGAUAUCUUUUUAAAGUUCUCAGACCCUUUAUCAUUUCUUCAAUCGUUUUAAUUAUAAUAUAACAUAAUCAUUUGAAUUUAUUUUAUAAGAAAAAGUGGUUGUAAUAGAUUUAAAAUUUUUGAAUCAGACCUCCUGCGCUGUAACCUACUACAGAUAGACUUUAAUUUCUUCUUCAAAUUGGUUUGACUUUCAUCCGGUUUUGUGAGCAUGAAAACCAAGCGCUCCUGGAACGUGAAACCAUCUAAAAUAGCAGCGAAUACCGUCAAUCCGAUUCGAUCCAUCGUCGACAAUCUACACAUUACUCCGAAUCCUGCGAAACGAGUCAUCUCCCUCUCCAUAGGUGAUCCGACUAUCUUUGGAAACCUUCAGCCAUGCCCAGAAAUAAAUUCUGCUGUUAUAGAUAGCGUCACUUCUUUAGAAUACAAUGGAUACGCUCCAUCCACCGGAUACCGCAAAUCUCGAGAAGCAGUGGCCGAAUACUCUUAUCGUCCCGAAGCGCCUUUAGAACCAGAGGAUGUAAUUCUGACUAGUGGAUGUUCCCAUGCGUUGGAAAUGUGCAUCCUUGGAUUGGCAAAUCCUGGACAAAAUAUUCUGAUUCCACGUCCCGGAUUUUCAAUUUAUAAAACUAUUGCCAAAUCUAUGGAUAUAGAGACAAAAUCAUAUGAUUUACUGCCGAAUCUGGGAUGGCAAGUAGAUCUCAAGCAUCUGGAAUCUCAGAUAGACAGCCAAACGGCUGCCAUCAUCAUCAACAAUCCAUCCAAUCCGUGCGGAUCAGUUUUUUCAAAACGUCAUCUGUCGGCGAUAGUGGAAGUCGCUAACCGUAAUUGUGUCCCCAUCAUCGCCGAUGAAAUAUACGAAGAUUUCGUCUUCCGUGGAGAGGUGUUCCACCCCAUUGCUACUUUGUCGACUCAUGUUCCUAUUUUAUCAUGUGGUGGCCUCACGAAAAAAUUUUUAGUUCCUGGUUGGAGAAUGGGCUGGAUACUCAUUCAUGACCGUCAAAAGAUUUUUGGAAAAGAGGUUCGAUCUGGACUUCAGGCCCUCAGCCAAAGAAUAAUCGGAAGCAACACCCUCAUCCAAGGGGCUCUGCCCUCCAUUCUGAAAGACACCCCGGAGACAUUUUUCGAAGACAACAUUGAGACUGUCCAGAGAAACGCCACUUUGGCGUAUUCUAUUUUGAACGAUGUCCCUGGUUUGUGCCCAGUCAUGCCAAAAGGCGCCAUGUACAUGAUGGUUGGUAUUCAGAAAUCCUGUUUUCCGAAGUUCAAGCACGAUAUGGAUUUUGUGGAAUGCUUAAUGUCAGAACAGUCUGUGUUCUGCCUUCCUGGAGUGUGCUUUGAUUAUCCGAAUUACUUCCGAAUCGUUCUGACUGUUCCUGAAGAGCUGAUGAUCGAAGCUUGCGAUCGCAUCAAAGAAUUCUGCACCAAUCACUACACUUUGGACACUCCAACGUCCAGCUUCAACACGGAGAUGCUGCUCAAAACCCAAAUGCCUCUUCAAGUGUGACAUCUGCAUGCCGAUGCUCAUGCUCAUGCUCUUGAAAUGAAAAAAAUAUAUAUAUAUGCAUAUAGAAAGACAACUCUUUAUGAACUUAUAAUUUUGCUCAGGAUUGUAAAUUGUAUCGUAAUUUCUAAAUGAGAGACGCGUAAUCAAAAUAUUUGAUGUGAAAGCUCUUUUUUUUUUCAGGUCAGAAAUAUGUCAACACUAUUGACUUAAAAAAUCAAAAUUAUUCGUAAAUUAAAAAGAAAAAAAGAAAAGAAAAGAAACUUCCUGAUUUUAUAUCAUGAUAUUAGUUAAGAAAGCACUUUUGUUAAAAUUUAACAUAUCACUCGAAACCAAAAUCUGAAAUCUUUAUCCCGCCUGAUACACAAAUUUCAAUCAAAAAUUUCUGAUGAAAAUUUGGAGAUUAAUUUCGGAAAAGGGCAAAUAUUUCAAGUCAGAAACUUAAAAGAAACUGUGAUUUACAGUUAAUUUUUAAAAUUGAAUUUGGUUAAUUUUACAAAAUUCAUUCCUAAUCGAUUUUACAUAUCAUUUGGUGCAAUUUUAUCUUCUAUUGCAGUAACCAAGCAUUCCAGUGAAAGCAUUGCUUAUCAUCAUAAACUUAAAGUUAUUAAUCAAACAAAUUUAUCCCCUUAAAUGCAAAUAUAUGUACAUAUAUUAUUUUUUUUUCAAUGUUAAUUUAAAACUUUUUUGCUUUUUUAAAAAUUGAAAUCAUUUUUGAAUAUUGAGUUUAUCAUUAUAUAGUGUUUGCAUUAUAUAUAGGGAACAUUCGAACAAUAUUUUAAUGAUUAUCUGAGAUUUUGGUUUUAAGUCACAAAAGCAUUUCUUGAUAAAAUAUUAUCACCAGCCUUUAUUGAGACAUUAAAAUGCUUUUUUUUAUAAAAAUUAUUCGAAAUUAAAACUCUGUAUAAGCAUUAAUUUCCCAUCAUUUUUCGAACUUUUUUAAAAACUUAAAGUUUUAAGAACAAUUGCCAAUAAUUUUUAUUCGAAAAGGAAGUAAGAUUGAACAAACUUUUUUUCGCAAAUUAAAUUUAAGGCAAUUCAAUUAUACUCAAUUAUGCUACUAAAAUCGAUCUUUAAUAAAACAGAGGGAACAUAAUUACUAAAAAUGGUUCCAGCAAAAAUUUGUCCUUUUCUGAAAUUUAAGAUGAGUUCUACUCUUUUUUUCCCUUAAAAUUAUUUUAAAAGAUAAUAUCCUUAAAAUGUGUUAUUGUUAUAACUAUUUGAAAAAAAAAAAAAAACUGUCUAAAGUAGAUAUUCUAUGAAAGAUAUUCUUUCCAGGUUAAACAUUUUUAGAGAAAAGUUAAAAUUUCAUUUGAUAUCAUUAAAAUAUUCUAGAUGCAUAUUUAAAGUUAAUGAAGAAAAAACGCUAAAAAUGUUCAGAAUUAUAAAACUAUUAUUCCGACUGGGAUAGUUGCCAGGUCAAUUAAUCUUACAGAAUUCUUUAUAUUAUGCAAGAAUUUCACAGAGACUAGAUUCAAAUACUGUUAAUCUUAGAUAUGAUGGACUUAGAAAGUUUUCUUUUUCUAAAAAAAUCUGAGGGAAUUUGUUUUUCGAAUUUAGCAUUCGAUGAAACUCAAACGAUUCAAAUUUAUGCUAAAGAGAGGAUGGAUGAUCCGCAUGAAAUUUUCUUCACUGCAAGUUAAAGAAAUGGAACUAUCAAAUGAUGAUAGUUUAACCUUUUGAAAAUUUAGAACUGCAUUAAAUUUAAAUAUUGGUACAUUGUAGGUUUCAAAUAUUAUAGUCCGAAGUAGAAACAUUUUUAUUGAAAAGUGCAUACAAUACACGUAAAUAAAUAAAAAUAAACUAAAAAUUGCUGAUAUUUAUGAGUUUGAUGUCACACAAAGAACUAUGCUUAAUUUUUAUCGUUUAAUAUGCGUAAUAAUUACAACUUGCAAUUAAAAUCGGACCUCAAAAUAAGAUUACUUUACCUUCACUUCCUUAUGUGUUAGAAUUCUAAUACAUAAGGAAGAAUGUUCCAUAUGUGUUAGAGUUCUGAAACGUUUUCUUAAAUUGAGUGUUUCUGAGGAUAAUACAAUGUUAUAAUUAAUUUAUGUGAAAUAAAAUUUGAGUCCAUAUAAGCGUUGUUACAUGUUAAUGAAUUUGAGAAGAAGUGAAACAUAUUCGAAGUUUCCGCGAUAAUUGUAUCAAUAAAUACAAAAUAAAUCAAAAAGUAGAAAUUAUAUCUAAUUAAAAAUCUUUAAAAAGUAAAAAAAAAAAAAAAAAAAAAAAUAAUGUCCCCCCCCUAAAAAAAAAUCUGAAAGUUAAAACAAAAAUCGUAAAAUGCAAAACACCGAUAGAUUCAAUAAGGAAUCUGAAUCAUAACAAAGGAACUCCCUAAAAGGAUUGCUUUUGUAGUCAUUAAAAUUUAGAGCGUAAUACGAAUGCGAUUGAAAUUUCAACUUAUAUAUUCAUAUUUUUUGUAUUAAUUCUCAGAUAUAAAAAAAAAAAAUAUUUUUGCAUUUUUUUCUAAUAGUUUCCUUUAAAUUAAAAAAAAAAAUCCUCAAGUAUACUUUUAUCUAAACAUGGAAUGAAGCAUUCUAAUUUAGUGACUACUAAAUGUUUUUGCCGAAAUAAAGAACUGGUUCUUACUUCUAGAAAAUAAUCAAUCUUUGUAAAAAAGCAGUGAAAAUCUUUCCCCGUUUUAUAAUAAUUGUUUUUCACUGCAGUUGAAGGUUCCUAAUUUAGUUGCUGAUGAUGCAUGUGCAGCUCUUGUUUUAUUUAAAUGAAAGAUUGAUUAGUAAUCUUGCAAUCUUAUAAGUUGUAACACAAAAAUUGGAUUGAUAAAUAAAGUGUUACGUUUGAA